UAACUGCAUUCUCCAUCCACCACUCUACUAAAACAAGCUCCACAAAAAUCUUGAAAUAUUCCCACUAAGGAAAAGGAACACUAAUGCUGGACUCAACAAUAUUUGAGUUGAUCAGCAUAGCUGCUUCAAACUCCCUCAUGGUCUUCUGCUUCUGCAAUCUCAUCAUUGCUGUACUACUUGUUGGCAGCUCAUCAAAGCCAAGUUCCCAGUUCAAUGAAGUGGAUGAAAACCAAGAAAAUUUCAAUAAGACUUCAGUUUCUUUGUCUGAGCAGAGUGUUGUACUGGUUGAGGGGGCAAAGGAGUUGUCAUCUGUGAGCGUAACGAUGGUAGACAAUGAGACGAUGAGGCCGAGCCGGCUGGACAAUGCCGAUGACGAUGUUGAUGAUGAUGAUGGUGAUCUGAAGAGAAGAGUUGAAGAGUUUAUUGAGAAAAUUAACAAGGGAUGGAGGGCUGAAAAAGUGAGAUCGUAUGCUUUAGGCCAAUGACAUGCCGUUGUGAUUUCAACGGUGGACGUGCGGGGAAAAUUUGAGUUUGGUGUCGGAUGUCUCUCUUGACGUUAUAAAGUUUAAGUUAAAAGACUGGCACAUAGUGUAUAUUACAAGAGUUUUCUUGUUCUUGUUACCUCAUGUAAUUGAGAAUUAAUGAA